UGCUCUAACCGUAUGCAGUAACAAACUUCAACCUCGGCUCAUUCGACGCAGCCGAGCCGACCGUCAUCGAAUAAAGUCUCUCGUGCUCACUUGACUCCUCCACCAAUGCUCCACCCCUUCAAUUGAUCCCCAUUCUGUCGCCCAACGACCAGGCUAAUCUCAUCAACAAUGACUACGCCACCGCAAUGGGUCCGCGACCUCAAGCCCUCCGGUCCGCAGGGCAGCGAGCUUCUUGCCCAUGAACGCUCCAAGUCUAGCGUUAAUGUGGAUCAGCUUAGCACUUUCCUCUUCACGUCCGAGGGCCUCGCCCGCAAGCGGCGUGUUUUGAAGGUGCUGGAGAACGAGAAAGUGUUCGAUAAGAGCCAGAACUACUUUGCUGGCCGCGUCGACCGCUUCGAAACCGCCCUUGCCCGCGCCAAAAGACUUAGGCAGCUUGCCGUGCGCAAUGGCUGGAGCAACGACGACCGCCUCAUCGCCAAUGAACUCAUCUCCGAGCCCGGUCCGUACGGGUUGCACGAGAGCAUGUUCCUGAUCACGUUGCGGGAUCAGGGUAACGCAGAGCAGCAUGAGAAGUUCUUGAAGCCGGCGGAGCAGUACAAGUACAUUGGCUGUUAUGCGCAGACGGAGUUGGGACAUGGGAGUAAUGUGCGCGGGCUGGAGACGACGGCGACGUGGAAUAAGGAGGAUCAGACGUUCACCAUUCACAGCCCGUAUUUAACGGCGAGUAAGUGGUGGAUCGGGAGUUUGGGCCGGACGGCGAAUCAUGCGGUUGUGAUGGCGCAGUUGAUCAUUGGUGGGAAGUCUUAUGGGCCGCACCCCUUCGUUGUCCAGAUCCGCGAUCUCAACACGCACGAGACGCUGGAGAACAUCCAUGUCGGCGACAUUGGUCCCAAAUUCGGCUACAACACCAUGGACAACGGGUAUCUGCUGUUCAACCAAGUCAAGGUCCCGCACAUUUCAAUGCUGGCGCGUUUCUCGAGGGUGGAUCCUAAGACGAACCAAUACGUCCGACCUGCGUCUGCUUCUCUAAUCUACGGCACGCUUACCUGGGUGCGUUCGACCAUCGUCAUGCAAGCUGGUGGUGUCCUCGCCCGCGGCGUGACGAUUGCGACAAGAUACUGCGCCGUGCGGCGACAGUUCCAGGACCGCGACGCGCAAGAGGGGCAGAAGAGUGAGAACCAGGUCAUCAACUACACAACCGUGCAAAUCCGCCUGCUGCCGCUCUUGGCGACCACGUUCGCUCUGCACUUCACUGGCAAAGCCAUGAUGGAGAUGUACGGGGCCAACCAGAAGAAGAUGUCGCAAGACGUCGGCAAAGUUGGCGGGCCUGAGCGGGGAGCAGGUCCAGAGGAGACACACUCCGGCUCUGACUUAUUGGCAGACCUACACGCAACCUCAUGCGGCCUCAAAUCCCUCGCCUCCUACACCGCGGUCGAAGGCCUCGAAAUGUGCCGCCGUGCGUGCGGCGGCCACGGCUACUCCUCCUUCUCCGGCAUCGGCCCCUGGUAUGCCGAUUACCUGCCCACUGCCACCUGGGAGGGGGACAACUACAUGCUUACGCAACAAGUCGCGCGCUACCUCCUCAAGUCUGCGCGCUCCGUGCUCAAAGGCAACGAACCCACGAAUGACACCACCUUCAUCCUCACCAACUUCCUUUCGCGCCAAGACACGGGCGCCGCGUUCGAUGUCCUCGGCAACGACGCCGAUAUCGUUGCCGCGUUCGCCUGGCGCAGCGCGUUCCUCACUUUCGAAGCGCUCAAGCACCGCGACGAGCAAAAGCGGCCGUGGAACAGUUUGCUCGUUGACUUUUACCGCCUCAGCCGCGCACACUCGCAGUACAUGGUCGUGAAGAAUUUCUACGAAACACUGCAAGCCUCACCUUCGGCUACAGGGCUUGACGCGGAGACGCUGGCUAUCAUGCACAAGCUCUUCCGGCUCUACAGUCUGCACACGCUCGAGUCGGAGGCGAGUGAAUUCUACACUUCAUCCGCGGUCACGGUGCGGCAGAUCCAGCUGUGCCGGACGAACGCUGUGAUGCGGUUGUUGGAGGAGAUUCGGCCGCAUGCUGUGCGGCUGGUGGAUGCGUGGUCGUUCCCGGAUUGGCAAUUGGAUAGUAGUCUGGGACGGUAUGACGGAAAGGUGUAUGAGGAUAUGUUCUACCGGGCGAGCGAGCUGAACCCGCUGAACAAGGUGGUGGUGGAUCCGUAUCCGGAUAGUAAGGUCUUGUUUAAGAAGAACGAGGCGGCUGCGUUGAAGAGCAAGCUCUGAGCGAUGUUAUAUAUGGUGACUGGUUUCAGUGUUGAAAAAGGGCGGGUGGCUUGGUUGCCGAAGUGAAAGCAAGUCAUGGUGUGGAUAAUUCUUUCUUGUAUUUGCAGCUAUGUAGCGUAGUCACCUCGACUUGCGCAGCGA